AAAAGUACUACUAUAAAAAUCUUGCUCUUGGAACCGAACCUUAGCCGUUUCCGAAAAUGGCUUACCUUACUAGGAUUCCUGUCGGUCGAAUCUUUGGCUUCUGGAGCCGGUCAUUUUCUUCUCCAAUCAAAAACCCAUUCUUCAGUUCCACUCUAUCUCAUGUUCCUUCAUACAAAAUUUCUACAACAGCCCAUUACUCAUCUCCUUCGCCUUCACCUCCUCCUCCUUUGUCUGCUGCAAUGAAUACCCAAGUCUUUAGCAGCAGUAGUCGUUGGAGGCCCAUGUGUUUGUACUUCACUCAAGGCAAGUGUACCCAGAUGGAUGAUCCUUCCCAUCUAGAGAAAUUUAAUCAUGAUUGUUCCAAAGAUCUUCAAGUUAAUGGCACUGACAUUGAGAAAAAAUGCUCUCAAAAUGUGGAUUUUCUUUUGGUGAUUGAUCUGGAAGGGAAAGUCGAGAUACUUGAGUUUCCCGUGCUGCUUAUAGAUGCAAAAUCCUUGAGUUUAGUGGAUUUCUUUCACAGGUUUGUGAGGCCGACUAAAAUGAGUGAGCAAGCAGUAAACAAAUACAUUGAAGGAAAAUAUGGUGAAAUUGGGGUUGAUAGAGUCUGGCAUGAUACGGCUCAGCCAUUUAAGGAAGUUAUGCAGCAGUUUGAAGCUUGGCUGAGUCAACAUAACCUAUGGGAAAAGGAAAAGGGCAGCCGCCUUACUCGUGCAGCAUUUGUAACUUGUGGAAACUGGGAUUUGAAGACAAAGAUCCCUCAGCAAUGUGAAGUUUCUGGGAUCAAGCUACCUCCAUAUUUUAUGGAAUGGAUCAAUCUAAAGGAUGUAUAUCUAAACUUUUAUGGCCGUGAGGCCAGAGGAAUGAUGUCAAUGAUGAAACAACUCGAAAUCCCAUUGUUGGGAUGUCACCAUCUAGGUAUUGAUGACUCGAAAAAUAUAGCAAGGGUACUGCAACGCAUGCUUGUCGAUGGAGCACUUAUGCAAGUUACUGCAAAGAGAAAUCCUGGAUCUCAAAAAGUUGAAUUUCUCUUUGAGAACCGUAUCCAACAUCCAUCAAGACAAAGGCGAUAACCAGCGUUAAGCUAAAUAUAAACCUUUAGGUACUUCAUUACACAUAAAGUAUGAUCAUUUUGAGAAAUAGUUAUCUGGAAUCCUCUGUUUUGAUGUUUUCGAGUUUUAAUCCAGUUGAUGCCUGGUCGAAUUCUUCAUCGAACAAGCUUUCAGUAGAACAUUUAGAUUGACCCUUUUUUCCUUUUUGAACUUGUUUGUCACUUUCCUGUAAGAUACACAAAAUCAUAAGCCUGGCGAUUCAUAUAUCAAUGUUGCGUAUUGAUUCA